AUGUGGCGGCAGACGAGACCGUUGAGCCGACGCCUCAAAGUUGGCGCGUACGAGGGCCGACGCGCACUUUCUACGGAAAAGCCAAAAGUCGUCUUCUCCGGAAUCCAGCCCACGGGAACGCCGCACCUGGGCAACUACGCCGGCGCCAUCCGCCAGUGGGUUCGACUCCAAAAUGAACCAGCCGACCAUUGCAAGCUCAUCUACUCCGUUGUCGAUCUGCACGCCAUCACUGGACCCCAGAAUGCCAAGCAGUUGAGGCAAUGGAAGAGGGAGAUGCUGGCCGCUUUGCUGGCAGCUGGUAUUGAUCCUGGCCGCUCAACCUUAUUCUAUCAAUCCUCGGUUCCGGCUCAUUCGGAGCUCAUGUGGAUCUUGAGCUGUACAGCCUCUAUGGGCUAUCUCUCACGUAUGACACAGUGGAAGGUUGGUGAAACCGGCUGA